CGCUCUGAGGCAUUCAGGAAGAAAGGCAGCGUUUGAAAGCAUCAUCCUCGGCCAGAGAGCUUUGAUGUAGGUAGAGUUUGGUCAUUUUUCCUAACAGCUGCUGCCAUCAAACAGACUAGAGAUGCCAUCCAUCGGCCUUUCCUUCUUUAUACUGGGUUUGGUUGUUGCUUCUGCCACAGCAGAUGAGGCGACAGCAUCCAACACGACUACCAGCGCUCUAGAUGUACCUGCUAACCCAAUCUCUGUUAAUGACAGUAGCCCAAUUACUGUAGCGGCCACCAACGAUAGCGAUAUCAAUAGGACCAGCAGUAAUCCCAGUGUCUCCAAUGACACCAGUAGUGUGAACGUCACCAACACCGACAACACCAACAACACAGACAGCACCAACAGCACCGACGCACCCUCAACCACGAAAGGUAAUGACACUUCUAAUGUUGACCAAGUCUCCCAGAGUACAACGCCCACAGCUAAGCCUGAAUCACCUGGUCCCCCUGAAAUCACACCAACUCCCACCACGAUGACAGAUAAGGAAAAAACCACCCCUACUCCGUCAAGUAAAGCCUCAGGCGACAAAACUGGCAUUAUUAUCCUCAUUGUGAUCAUCCUCGUAGCUUUUGUAGUUGGACUUGUCUGCUUCUUCGCGAAGAAGAGAGGAAGGCGCUACUCUGUAGACUUCACUUCCAGACCGGAUGAAGCCAACAUCCCUCUCAGCACCAUUGAUCCCGAGGUGCCUGCUGAUGCUGCACCUCAGAACGGUCUGCAAACCUUUGCAAGUACAGAAACAGAAACUGCUGCAGAGGAGGGAAAAGAGCCAGAAGAACCAGCAGAAAAACCUGAGGUGAAGGACGAGCCGAAAGCUGAGGCUGAUAAAGCUGCCAUUGAUCCCAGCACUGAGUCUGCAGCUCUGCCGCUGCCCCCCGACAGCUCUGACGACAAACCCAAAGAGGACGUCGCUGAGGAGAGUCUUCCUCCUCCUCCGGCUCCUGCACCCGUGGAGCCGACCGUGGAGGAGAAAACUGAUGACGAAGGCGCCAUCUCCAACAAGACCUCAGUGGAGUCGCUGAAGGAGACAAACGAGAACAACAGCAACAACUCUGACUUCAGCCAACAGGGAGAUACCAAGUCAGACAACAUCUUCUGGGACAUUCCUCUCAACAGUCCACUGUGAGACACGCUGCCUCUCUGCCCCCGUGCUGUUCUUCAGGAACUCGGUUGAAGAGUGACCGCAGUGGAAAAAGGACACUUCUGUUCAUUGCGUGUCGCCUCCCCGCAUCAGAAAACAACAUUUGUUGCAACACUGCAGGUUUUUCAAAGUUUCAAAAGCUUAUUAGGUAUUUUACUGAUGACUGAAUCCAUUUGCUUAACAAAUGGUCACAAUUUUGUGAAUUUCAAGACUAAAUGUUAAUAUUUUUGGUUCAACUGUAGCACUUCCUUCUAAGCAUUUAUAAGCGGUAUAUAAAAUCAUGGUAAAUGGUUUCUGACAAGCUGUAAUGUAGUGUUGAUCGUUUAUUUGUCAACAGCUGUAUGUCAUCCUGUGGAAACUGGUGUAUAAACUGAAAAUGAAUAACAAUACAUGAAAAAGAGUUGUAAUAUUAUAGAAUACGUCUUCAUAGUUAAAGUUUGAAUUGAUAACAACUUAUAUGAAACUGCUUAUAAUCCUUAUAGCUGCUUACAACUACAUUGCAGUUUGUUGCAAACCAUUUAAUUAAUGUGCUAUUCUGUUUAUAAAUGAAUAAAUAGGGAGACGUAAAGUGUAACAGAUGCAGUUAAAUAAUGUCUUAUUAAUGGUUACUGAAGAAUGUAAAUAUACAAAUGCUCUUAUAAUGCUGUGUAAGUCAAGGGUUCAUUUGCAAAAAAAACAAGUAUUUUCAUUUUGAUUUCUUUUCCUAAAUAAUGCUUUUGUUUUCAUUUUUGUUAUGUUAUGGAAAAACAAGCAUUAUACUUUGUAUAUUCACUGCCAACUCUCCGGCCCAAGAGAACCUCGAAUGCGGGUUCCGUACAUGGUUACCUAAAACUUCUCUUUACAUUAUAUACACUCAAAAAACUAUUUCCUAAAAAACAUUGCAUUUAUGUAUUUCAAUCGCAUUCACAAAUCAGAUCUGCUUAAAUUAAGUUAUUCAUUUAUGCAGUAUUAUACAUAAAAGUAAUGCAUUACAGAUGGAUUAUUUUUAUGUAAAGUAACAUUGUAUUAACUUCAUUAUUUAAGAUUAAGUUGUUUAAUUCAUUCACAUCAACUCAACACGAUGAUUUAUGUUGAACUAAUCUGAUUGAAACACAUGAAGUCAGUGUUUUAGGAGAUUUUCUUCUUUUUUUUUUUGUUUCUUUUUUGAAUUUUUGGUCACCUAACAGUAUUUUUGGUAUUUAAUUGUAAAAUAUGGUAAAACUAUAAAAUAAUAUAUGAAUUAACAACACAAUAUAGGGUUGUAAGAUUUGAAUCAGUGUUGAAGGGAAGAAAUAUUAUUGUUGUAAAUGCUGCAUUCUGCUUUUUAAUGCUGUUUAAAUUCAGAGGGUGUUUAAGUUUCCGUUAUGCUAGAAAAUUGCAAUGAUGUGAAUGUAAUUUGACUGUAUUCAUUAAAAAGGUAUUGUAGCUAUGUUUUUAAUAUUGAUUGUGGCUGAUACAUGUAGGUUGGGCCACAUUGUGUUUGUUCGUUGUUUGUAGCCCUGAUGAAGACCUGAAGGUUUUUUUUGUUUUUUUUUCAAUAACUGCUUUUUUAUUGUUUCAGCCACUAAAAUAAAGACUGAAAUUCCCUUA